UGUAGUUGUAGUUGUAGUUGUAGUUGUAGUUGUAGUUGUAGUUGUAGUUGUAGUUGUAGUUGUAGUUGUUAGCCUAAACAAUGGGGUUUAUUGUAGUUCUUCAAUUACUGCUGUUCUUGCCAGCAUGCUUCUCUUGCAGAUACCGAAACGUUGCUUUACGGGGCAAGGCAACACAGUCUUGGCGCUACAAAGGAGAUUGGGAUGCAUUUGUUGAUGCCUACAAUGCUAUUGAUGGUAACAGAAAUCCUGAUCUUAGAAAAGGCUCAUGCACCCACACCGCAGCACAUGAUAACCCCUGGUGGAGAGUGGACCUGCUGGACUCCUACGUAGUCGACCAAAUCAGCAUCACAAACAGACAGGACUGCUGUGCAGAGCGGAUCAACGGGGCAGAAAUUCACAUCGGCAACUCAUUAAAAGAUGAGGGUGCUUCAAACCCUCUGGUUGCUACAGUUUCUUCAAUUCAAGGAGGUUCCAAUCUUACUAUAAAGCUCUCUGAAGGUGUGGAGGGACGUUAUGUAACCAUUUUACUGCCUGGUCCAAGCAGGAUUCUAUCACUCUGUGAAGUGGAGGUCUGUGGGUACCCGGCCCCAACUGGUGAGAACCUAGCACUUGAUGGCAAAGCAACCCAGUCAUCCCUGUAUGGGUCUGGCUUGCCAUAUAAUGCCAUUGAUGGUAAUCGUAACAAUAACUGGGAGCAAGCAUCCUGUUCACAUACGACAAAUGACUACAGUCCCUGGUGGAGGCUGGAUCUGCGCACCACCCACAAAGUGUCUUCCAUCAAAAUUGUCAACAGGGACAUUCUCCAACAACGACUCGAUGGUGCGGAGAUCCGCAUCGGAGAUUCCCUUUUCAACAAUGGCAACUACAAUCCCAGGUGUGCUACAAUCUCUGCUCCUGGAGGUAGCCUUGAGUUUGAAUGUAAUGGGCUGGAGGGGCGUUAUGUAAACGUGGUCAUCCCAUGGAGGAAGGAGUACCUGACUCUCUGUGAGGUUGAGGUUUAUGGUUCCAGACUUGAGUAAUCCUGUACUACAAUAACUUCUGAAGCACUAGCUCUUGUUAAAUAAAAUACAUCUGACUUGA